AUGUUGAUCGGACGGUUAAGAACCACAGCCGGAGAUGUCUCCCUGUUCCCCAUCUCAGGCACACAAGCCCUAAACCCGUGCAUGGCAUUCGCCGCCUCUCGCCGUCUCUCCGCCGCCGCCGCCGCCGCCGCCGCUCCGAAACUCUCCUCCCUCUUCACGCCCCGACCCAUUCCUAAUCCUAAGCCUCGCCCGCUGUCGCCGGAGUCCGGCGAUGAUCCUAGGCGGCGGAAGGCGAGGCCGAGAUCAAGGCACCCGUGGGGGGAGGAUGCGGCAGCGCUGCUCCGGCGGCUUCACGAGGGGCGAUACCUGCCGGGACCCUACAUCCCGGAUGCGCCGCAUGUAGUAUCCCCCGACGCUGUCAAGGCCGCCGCCGAGCGGUUCGGCAACGAUCACCAGGUCGUCGCCAAAUGGUUGUCGGGAAGUGACUUGAAGAAGGUAGCAUUGUUUGGCUGCCCAUCUGUCGAGCGAAGAACAGUUUUUGCAUCAAAAAGAUUACGAGCUUUCUUCAACUUGCCAGAAGAGAAAGUAUGCAGCUCUUGCAAGAUAAGAAGUUCAUGCCAGUUUAUUAACCAGGAGGUGCCUAGGUAUGAUAAAGUGAUCUUGUCAGAUACUAUGAGGAUCCUUGCUUUGUUUGUACUGGAUGCAUAUCCUGAGCCACUACAGGUUACUGCUGAAGUAAAAGCUAGUGUUCGCAAACUUCUCAAGGACACCAUAAAUCUAAGCAUUUAA